AUGAAGAACCAAGUUCUCUUGAGUCUUUCACUUUCACUACUAGUAUAUCUCCUAAUAGUCCCCAUUGUAGCUCAACAAUUUGCAUGUGACGCCAAAGCUUCCACUAGCCAGUUUCCCGUGUGCAACACUUCUCUGCCUUACGAGGACCGAGCCAAGGACUUGGUCUCACGCCUCACUCUCCAUGAAAAGGUCCAGCAACUAGUGGAUACCUCCACAGGUGUAUCUCGCCUAGGCGUGCCUAAAUACGGGUGGUGGUCGGAGGCCCUCCAUGGUGUUUCAAACGUCGGCCGAGGCGUGACUCGGUUUAAUGCCACGGUGCCUGGUGCCACGAGUUUCCCUGCAGUAAUUCUAUCAGCGGCGAGUUUUAAUGAAUCCCCUUGGUUGAGGAUGGGGCAAGUUGUGUCAACCGAGGCUAGAGCCAUGUACAAUUUGGGUCUAGCCGGGUUGACAUUUUGGAGUCCUAACGCCAAUGUGUUCCGAGACCCGAGAUGGGGUCGAGCGCAAGAGACACCGGGGGAGGACCCCUUAGUGGUGUCAAAUUAUGCUGUGAACUACGUCAAGGGUCUCCAAGACGUUGGUGAUAACCAUGCCAGUGGUGACAAGCUCAAGGUCUCAAGCUGCUGCAAGCAUUACAUUGCCUAUGAUGUUGAUAAUUGGAAAGGUGUUGAUAGAUUUCACUUUGAUGCUCAGGUUACAAAGCAGGACAUGGAGGAUACGUAUCAGCCACCAUUCAAAAGCUGCAGCAGUGUCAUGUGUUCUUACAAUAAGGUGAAUGGGAUUCCCACCUGUGCUGACCCAGACCUGCUUCAAGGUGUAGUCAGAGGCCAAUGGGGUCUAGAUGGCGGAUAUAUAGUUUCUGACUGUGAUUCUGUGGAAGUUUAUUACGAUGCGAUCCAUUAUACUCAAACACCUGAGGAUGCAGUAGCCCUGGCCUUGAAAGCAGGUCUAAACAUGAACUGUGGAGAUCAUCUAGGGAAGUACACAGAGAAUGCAAUGAAGAAAGUGGACGAAUCUGUAGUUGAUCAGUCCUUGAUAUACAACUACAUAGUCCUCAUGAGGCUUGGCUUCUUUGAUGGUGAUCCGAAACUGUUCGACUUCGGAAACCUUGGGGUAUCGGAUGUUUGCUGUGACGAACAUAAAGCGUUGGCACUUGACGCUGCUAAGCAGGGCAUAGUUUUGCUAGAUAACAAUGGAGCUCUCCCUCUGUCUCAAUUUUCUAUUAAUAAUUUAGUCAUAAUUGGAAUUUGGACAAUUGGACCUAAUGCUAAUGCUAACGCCGCUGAGGCCAUGAUAAGCAACUAUGCUGGAAUACCAUGUAGCUACACUAGUCCUCUACAGGGGCUACGAAAAUAUGUAUCGACCGCGAAAUAUGAGCCCGGGUGUAGCAAUGUGAAAUGUGCGGACGAGAGCCUCAUUGAGGCAGCCGCUCAGACUGCUGCUUCAGCUGAUACCGUGGUGUUAGUAAUGGGGCUUGAUCAGUCCAUUGAAGCAGAAGGGCUAGACAGAGAGAACUUGACUUUACCAGGGUUUCAGGAAAAGCUUGAGCGAGUUGUUGAUGCAACAGAUGGAACAGUCAUUCUGGUCAUUAUGUCAGCUGGUCCAAUUGAUGUUUCUUUUGCUAAUUUGAACAAAGUUGGAGGGAUUCUAUGGGUUGGAUAUCCAGGUCAAGAUGGAGGAGAUACCAUAGCUCAAGUCAUAUUUGGAGACUAUAAUCCAGCUGGGAAGAGUCCUUUUACAUGGUAUCCACAGGAGUACGUAGACCAAGUGCCAAUGACAGAUAUGAACGUGAGAGCCAACAGUAGUAGAAACUACCCUGGAAGAACAUAUCGAUUCUACACAGGAAAAACCAUCUAUGAGUUUGGACAUGGGCUAAGCUAUUCAACCUUCUCCAAGUUUAUAAUGUCUGCACCUUCUACUCUACUCAUCAAGCAUAAACUACUAGAGAACUUGGCAUUUGAUCUUGUUGUUGGGGUGAUGAAUAAAGGGCCAAUAGAUGGCUCCCAUGUGGUGCUCGCUUUCUGGAAACCACCAAGCUCACAAGGGUUGAUUGGAGCACCAAAUUUGCAGCUUGUCGGUUUUGAAAGAGUGGAGGUGAAGAAUGGAGAGACUAAGUCAUUGACAAUGAGGGUGGAUGUGUGCAAGGGACUGAACCUUGUGGAUACUGAAGACACUGAAGGGAAAAGGAAAUUGGUCACCGGGCAGCACACGAUUCUAGGCUCUCCUGGUGAGCAACAAGUGAAGCAUUACCUCAAUGUUAGGCGCGCUGGCUGA